AUGUGACUCUUUGCAGGCUGUCAGGCUGUCUAGUCACAGAGGAAGGCUGUGCUUCUCUGGUCUCAGCUCUGAGGUCAAACCCCUCACACCUGAGAGAGCUGGAUCUGAGCUACAAUCACCCAGGAGACUCAGGAGUCAGACUGCUCUCUGCUGGACUGGAGGAUCCACACUGCAGACUGGAGAAACUGAAUGUGGAACAUGGUGGAGAGAACACAAUGAAACCUGGGCUUAGAAAAUAUGUCUGUGAUCUCACACUGGACCUAAACACAGUAGACAGACUCCUCUCUCUGUCUGAGGAGAACAGAAAGGUGACAUGUAGGAGAGAGAAGCAGCCGUAUCCUGAUCACCCAGAGAGAUUUGAAAACUAUGAACAGGUGCUGUGUAGAGAGGGUCUGACUGGGCGCUGUUACUGGGAGGCAGAGUGGAGUGGGAGAGGGGCUGAUAUAGGAGUGACAUAUAAAGGAAUCAGCAGGAGAGGAAGGGUUAAGGACUGUUGUCUUGGAUACAAUGACAUGUCCUGGAGUCUGCGCUGCCAUGACAACAGUUACACUGCCUGGCACAAUAAUAUCUUCACUAACAUAGACGUCCUCCCCUCCUCCAGCCCCCACAGAGUAGGAGUGUAUCUGGACUGGCCAGCCGGCACUCUGUCCUUCUAUAGAGCCUCCUCUGACACACUGACCCACCUGAUCACAUUAACCUCCACAUUUACUGAGCCCCUCUAUCCAGGGUUUCAUCUUUGGGGUUGUGGCGACUCAGUGUCCCUCUGUCAGUGAUACACACACAUUGGACACACACACAGACUGGACACACACACACAGACUGGACACACACACACAGACUGGACACACACACACAGACUGGACACACACACACAGACUGGACACACACACACAGACUGGACACACACACACAGACUGGACACACACACACACACACAGACUGGACACACACACACACACAGACUGGACACACACACACACAGACUGGACACACACACACACAGACUGGACACACACACACA